AUGCAAUUGAAGAAUGGAAAAGAGGACGCCAAAUCUGUGACGGUGUGCAAGCAAAAAGAAGAAGAAUCGAUCCGUGACUAUUACGGCCGAUUCACACUAGCUACCUUAAAUGUCCCAGGACAUGAAGAGUUUCUGGUGACAGGCGCCUUCGCCCGAGGUCUGCUCCCUGGACACUUAUCGAGGAAGAUGCAAGGAACAAUUCCUAGAUCCAGGGACGAACUCAAGUUCUGUGUGGACAAAUACUCACGACAAAUCGAAGAGGAAGAGCGAAAGGAAGCCAAUCUCAAAGUUGUAGCUAACACAUAUCUCAAACAAGAGGAAACGGUGUCCCAGCCGAGCUCAACCCAGCAAGAGAGGCAAGAUGCCAACCAACAGAGGCACAAACACCAUUCCAGGCACAUGUCACGGAGGUAUAUACCAUUCAACAGGGAUGAUAACAGGAGUGGUCAUAACGAUGUCGACGCAAUCAAUAAGACUCCAGCAAAGGAGAACAAAGACAAGACCAAGUUCUGUGAGUAUCGUAAAAGCAAAACGCAUGAUACCAACGAGUGCACGGUAUUAAAGCAUGAGAUCAAUGAGAAACAACUAGUUGGAAACAUAGUCGACAUAGCAAAAGACCUCAACGCAAAAUUUGAUGAGGGUAAGCACCAACCUAAAAAUAAAAAGGACAGGGGAAAGGAUCAUGAAAGAAGGGUAAAGAUACUUACCAUCACAGGCCCCCGCUCAUGUAGCAAUCGCCAGAACCAGCACGUAGGCGCGAAGGUAUACCAUCAAAACAUCCUCAACAUAGAAUUUUCAAUGAUCAACCCCAGGCCGAAGCACUGGGAUACAAAUGACCCUUUGCACAUCACCAGUUUCAUUAGCCAAAACCGUGUUGAACAAGUGUACAUCGAUACCGGGAGUAGGGUCAACGUGAUUUAUGAACACUGCCUUCGGUAG